GCUGCCUACAGCAAGGAGUGGGGCUGGGGCACAUGGAAGAGCUCUACACCAAAGAGGAAUUUCUCCCCCAGAAGAGACAGCAUCUUAAGAACCAUGUGAUAAGAUUCAAACGAUCUGCCUGUGAACUUGAAUAGCUCUGCAGCUUCCUUCCCAACGUUAUAUGGAAAUUCUUAAGGAAAUAAACUGUAUCUUGGUGGGAGAAGGCUGUUUGAAGAAACAUGGUGAACUACUACAAAGUACUAGGGGUACCUCAGAAUGCUUCCACCUCCGAUAUCAAGAAGGCUUAUCACCAAUUGGCUCUACAGGUACAUCCAGACAAGAACCCAGAGAACAAGGAGGCAGCCGAGAAGAAAUUCAAACAAAUAGCAGAGGCCUAUGAGGUCUUGUCUGAUGCCAGGAAGCGCAACAGCUAUGACAUGUCCAGAGGGAACUACACCAAGAGGGUAUAUAGAGGAGAUGGCAGAGACAGAAGCCAUUUGGAAGAAGACCUGUGCUUUGAGAGGCCACACCGUGUCUUUCAGAAUGUUGUUGAGGAUGAGAACCUCCUCCCAGGACAUAGUCUUCCCACUGGCCAUGCGAGUAGGCCUGGGAGAUUCCACUACACCAUCUUUGAUGUGACCCCCAUACUGGACACAGGAUUCUCCACUUUUGUAUCCCUGGCCCCCAGAUCAAGUCUCCCUACCUCUGAGCUAUUUGUACCCUUUGUAAGCAUCGGAAUGGGAAACUUCAGACUGGUCACCACUUGCAGCCAGAUAGUGAACGGUGAAAGAGUUGUUACAAAGAGAGUGCUGAAAAAUGUGAGGGGGAUGACUGAAGUGGAGCGAGAACGAGAAUUUCAUCCCAUUCAUCCAUCCCGUUGGAAAUUGAUGGAAAAUCCCUGCUACUGAUGACAAGGAAUGAUGUGUUGACAGGACUUCAGCUAAAACUGGGACCUGCUCUGAAAAUCUAUGAGUAUCAUGUAAAACCUCUGCAGACGAAGCAUUUAAAGAACAGCUCUUCAUAGUACAGUAAAUUGGGGUCUCAGACCUCAAAAAAUACAUAAUGACAUAAUUUAGUUUCAUGUGAUGAAACUUUGUAAACACAAUGCAUACAUGUGUAUAUGUAAAGAAUUUCAACCAAAUGACAUGUUAUCCUAUUGGAUAGACUAGGCAAUCCAUCGGCUGACUCGAAUUCAGCCAGGAGGAGCAAGGGCAAGAUGUUCCCAGGAUAGUUUUCCUUGUGGAAUUUAUCAAAUAGAAUAAUCUUUGACAUGAUAAGAUACCCCUCCCCACAAAGGGUUUGAAACCAUAAGGAUUUUCUUCAUUUCUUCAGAGUUCUUCUCCAAAAAAAUCCUGUUAAAAAAUCAAAUGAAACAACUAUCUUUUAGUUCGACUUAGGAAGAGUUAAAAACAAGAAACAUGGGGAGGGGGAGAAAGAGACAGGGAUUACUGUCCCCCUUGAAUUCUGCUCCUUAGAGCUUGUGCUACUCGGAUGGCAUUGCCGACACCCUUUUUUAGAGAGGGUCCUCCACUUGACCUUAUUAAGGUUUCACUGGGAUAUGCUGCAAUGUUUGAAACGAACGUGCAUCAUGACCCCUUCAGGAGCAGAACUGUAGCUCUGAAAAGAGAAACUCUUGUGUCCUGGGGAUAUCCAUCCAUAUUUAGCUAGCUUUCAUAGGGGGUAAUGGUAUUUUCUGCUUAGAUUUGUUUAACGUAGUUCUUUGUUUCUGAAGAAAGCAUUUUUUUUUUUUACUUUAUGGUUUGUAUUUAUAAUUUGUUUCUGAAGAAAUUUGCCAAGAGUUAUAGUUCAAAAGCCUUGUUACUAGUACAGAAUAUUUUUAUAUAUAUAUUCCUUUGAUGAUGUAAUUUUUAAAUUGUUCUAUGCUUUGUUUGAUUCCUGGUUUGAGUACUUGUUUUUAAUAACUUGAAAAAGUGGGCUUGCUACAUCUCUGUUCAAAGAGACAUUUGUUCGAUCUCUGUGUAUCAAUGCCUUGUUGAGUUGGUGCUUUGUGGUUGCAAUAAAGCAUUGCUUCAGUUUA